AAAUCAUUGUUUUUAUUUUCUUGAGAAGUUUUAAAGAUGUCCCAGCUUAAUAUUAUGGAUAGCGAGGUCGACAUUGUGGUCGGAGCGCUCCACUCUGAUCUGACUUCAUUUAUGAAUGAAUGGAAGCCUAUUUUCUCCCAAUACCACUUGAUUAUUGUCAAGGAUCCUGAACUCAAAGAGGACCUCAUAAUUCCAGAUGGCUUUGACCUGGAUGUCUAUUCUCAACAAGAUAUAGAUAGAAUUGUUGGUGCUUCUAAUUCAAUUAAAUUCUCUGGUUACUCUUGCCGAUACUUUGGUUACCUAAUGUCCAGAAAAAAGUAUAUCAUCUCAAUUGAUGAUGACUGUGUUCCAGCCAAAGAUGAUAAGGGCUUGUUAGUAGAAUUUGUAGCGCAGCACAUAUCGAACCUUUCGACUCCAGCCACUCCUUUCUUCUUCAACACACUGUAUGAUCCAUUUAGGAAAGGAGCGGAUUUCGUCCGUGGUUACCCAUUUAGUUUAAGGAGUGGGGUUGCUUGUAGUCUGUCAUGUGGACUGUGGUUGAAUCUAGCAGAUUAUGAUGCACCAACACAAGCCCUCAAGCCAAGUCUGAGGAACACACGCUAUGUCGAUGCAGUCCUCACUAUUCCAGCAGGAGCCAUGUUGCCUGUGAGUGGAAUCAACAUUGCGUUCGAUCGAGAGGUGGUUGGUCCUGCUUUAUGUCCAGCUUUGAGAUUGGCCGGGGAAGGAAAGUUUCGGUGGGAAACCAUGGAAGAUAUAUGGUGCGGAUUAUGCGUUAAGGUAACAUGUGAUCACCUGAAGCUUGGUGUGAAAAGUGGGCUGCCAUAUGUUUGGAGAAAUGAAAGAGGAAGUGCAGUAGAGAGCCUGAAGAAAGAGUGGGAAGGGGUGAAGCUAAUGGAAGAAGUUGUUCCCUUCUUUCAAACUCUUAGGUUACCAGAAGCAGCAGUUACAGCUGAAGCCUGUUUCCUCGAGAUAGCGAAGGCAGUGAAGGAGAAGCUCGGUCGCUCGAACCAAAUGUUUGCUCGUGCUGCUGAUGCCAUGGUCGAAUGGGUCGAGAUUUGGAAGAACGCUGGAUCGGGUCCUUUGCCUGUGGACAAUUAGGAGUUGAUGAGUGAGUUUGGCCUCCUUCACUUCCCCCCCACCCCUUCCCUUCAAUGAAUAACAGAAAGCUCCCUCUAUUUUCUUGCUGUAACAAUGAUUUGAGAAGACUGUUGAAAUUUCGUAAUGGCGAAGAGAGAACUGUUUCACAGUUAUUUUACUUUCAUGUUUGAUAUAUCUCAGCAUCACUGAAGGCUGUUGUUUUGUUGUUUGAUUGGCUGUGGACAAUGGAUGCUUCGUAUGAAAUGCUUGUGAUUGAAUA